GACUAGCGCGCAGUGCAGCAGCAACCUCUUGAGGCGAAUAACUAGAAACAACAGGCGGGCGAGGCUACAAUCUGAACUGUAUUAGGAAGGCAGGACAGAGGGGACGUGGGCGUCAAGGGGAGUGCAGCGCGAAAGUUGUCGCCUAAAGACAUUUAUUCGAAAAUGGUUGCCUGGCAGUUGAACUUCGGCCCGCUGAAGGAGCCCCUGGGAUUUAUCAAACUAUUGGAAUGGUUUGCUUCCAUCUUUUCAUUUGCCACUUGUGGUGGUUACAGUGGCAAAACUGAAAUAAUUGUGGAGUGUGCAAAGUUGUCAGAAAAUAAAUCCGCUGUUGCUCCAUUUAUGUAUCCAUUUCGAUUAAAUGUUCAGCUAUUUGGAGGGAUACCCGAAAAUUUCUGUAAUGCAACAUGGAAAGAAUUGCACCUUACUGGGGAUUAUUCCUCCCCAGCCCAGUUCUACGUUUCAAUUGGAGUUUUUGCUUUUCUUUACUGCAUGGCGGCUCUUGCAUUUUAUCUAGGUUUUAUGCACUUGUAUCGGGACUCUCGGACAUUUCCAUUAUGCGACUUCUUCAUUACUGUCAUCUUUGCUGUAAUGUGGCUGGUUAGUUCCUCAGCUUGGGCUAAAGGUUUGUCAGAUAUUAAAACCUCCACCAGCCCUCAAAAUGUUGUGGAUCAUCACUGCCCGUCAGGUUUCAAAUGUCUGCCUGGACAAGAGUCACACAUGGGAAGUCUGAACAUCUCUGUGGCUUUUGGAUUUUUGAAUCUGAUACUGUGGGCAGGAAACGCUUGGUUUGUAUACAAGGAGACGAGCCUACAUUCUCCACCGCAACAGCCAAACCCUGAGCAAGGCCCUGGAAAUGUUUCUCCGUGAAUGUAAAGAAAAAUUGUGCAGCAAAUGCCCAUUUAUAUUUGAUGGUCAACAAUGUGGUGUGUUCAAUGCUAAGAAUUGCAUUGUGUUAAUAAAUGUGUGGAUACAAGGUAUUCAUGCCAGGAUUCCUCUUUCUGAAAAACAGCCCUUAUGACUUACUUCAAGCAGGUUUUCCAGUUAAAGAACAAUACGUUUUAUUGUGAACAGUGAUGUACUGCAGUUUAUUGGCUUUAAAACACUAAGGUUUUUAAGAGUGCAAACACUGAUAAAUAUUUCUUCAAUAUGAAUUUUUGAAAUAUGACAAAAUAUGAAGUACUGUACUAAUUUGGAGUACCUAUUCUGAUAACUAUAAAAAAAAAAAAGUGGGGCUUUCUCUUAAACCAAAAGCUUUUGUUAAAUAGGCAAAGACUUUGCAAUACGUUAAGUUUAAUCUAAAAGCUUACUAGUAUCAAUGCUUUUUUUUUUAUUUUAUAUAUACUAGAUGUGUUGAACAUUUAUCUUGUUUUACUGCACAAACCCCCAAGUUUGUUUCUUUUACAUGUACUAUUUCUCAGAGCACUGUUAAAAUUGUCAGUGGUAAAAGGUGGUGCAGGUUACUGAUGAUGUACAAUUACUUUUCUAUUGUAGCUUUUGCCACAAGUUUGCAUUCUAGGCAAACAUAACUUGUUUCUUUCCUAGUACUGUUUAUAUUCCUAACUGUUUCUCUCCAUGCUGUUGUAUAUGGAUUAUUGUUCUGAACCAGAUAAAAAAUAUUCUGUUCCUGCUGACGCAAUAUUAAAGAUAAGUUAGUGUUUUGA